AUGACCAAAACCUUCCCGUUUUGCAAUUCCUCCAUCCGUUUAGGUUAUCGUGUGAGGGAUUUAAUCUGGAGACUGACUUUGACCGAAAAAAUUCUAUUACUUGUCAAUAAUGCGGCGCCUGUGCCUAGAUUGGGGAUUACGCGCUAUGAGUGGUGGUCAGAGGCCCUUCAUGGAGUUUCAAAUACGGGCCCCGGAGUCAAGUUCGGCGGUAAUUUUCCCGGAGCCACUAGUUUUCCUCAAGUCAUAACUACGGCCUCCUCUUGGAACGUCACCCUGUGGGAGUUGAUUGGCCAGGCGUGCGAUCCUGGCACAAUUACGAUUGGUUAG